GAUCGCGCUACGAUAGCUUCGAGGACGCUUGCAAUGGUGGAAAAUGGAAUCUGUUAACCUGUGAUGUUAAUACAAUUGUUUGUAAUCGUAAAAAGCUUUUCAUGGAAUUAAAAUGGCUGGUAAAAUGUGGAAUUCAGAAAUAUGGAAAGCAUGGGAUAAGCACGGAAAAAAUGAUUUCCUCAAGUUAUUCAAGCACAAAUUUAAGGAAGGCAACACUGCAGAAUGGAGAAGAGGAUUAUACGAAUUAAUAACGAAUGGAAUCCGUGGGAACAUAAAAAAGGACAGUGUUGUUCAGACAUUAGGUGAACUGAUGAAUAUUGAUGGAGCAAUACCAUCAGCAGUAGUGGACAUAUUUACACUGAUAGACGCGGAAGCACUUAACGAUGAAAGGAAUAACUUCUAUUACAUUGUAAAAGAAUCAGAAAAGUUUCUUACAGAUAGGAUAUUAAAAGAACGAUUAGAAAUUGAAACAUUACAAGAUGUAGGAACGCUAAAGAAUAAGAAUUUUCAAACCAAAUUCAUCAAAGUGAAGACAAAAUUGUACUAUAAACAAAGGAAGUUUAAUUUAUUUAGAGAAGAAAGCGAAGGAUAUUCUAAGCUUAUAGUGGAAUUGAAUCAGGAACGUCCAGAAAAUGAAGUAGCAUCAAUUUUAGAAAUUGUUAAAUCUCUUAUUGGGUAUUUUAAUCUUGACCCCAACAGAGUACUUGAUAUUUUACUAGAAACUUUUGAAAAUCGACCUCAGGAUGAUGCAUUUUUUAUUCCUUUAAUUCGUUCUUACAUGAGUGAUCAGCAGGUACUCUGUGAAGUUUUAGGAUUUAAAUAUUGUUCAAUGGUAAACUCUACCCCGUUUUCGUUGCAAAAAGUCACUGCGCUUAUGUUGCAACACGGUGUUAUUAAAUUGGAUGACAUAUUGCCCUGGUUAGUUCCGGAUGAUAGCACUAUCGUCAAAGAACACGAACAGGCAAUGAAACAAGCGAAAGAAUAUGUUCGUAAAUUAAGCGUAAUUUCUACUAAAGAUAAAGAAGAAGUGCAGGAAGAAAAGGAAAAUCCACAGGACAAAUAUGCAAGUAAUCAGAAAUUCGGAUUAUGCGAAGCAUUGCUGGAAAUAGGAGCUUGGGACGUAGCACAAAACUUAUUCAGCCGAUUACCGGAGCACAGUUUAACCGAUCAACGUCCUAUUGCAUUGGCGUUGUGUAAAAUGAUUCAAUCUUUAAUCGAGCCGGUUUAUCGCAAACAUUGUAUCAUAUCACAAAAAUUACAAGGCAGAAGAGUUCCUCCUCUAAAGAGUUCUCUUGCACCAAAGCCGAUAGAAAAUCUCGAAAACAUACACGAUAAACUCUUACCGAUGCUUAUAGUUCUGGGCCCGAAUUUACACCAUGAUCCAGUUUUAAUGUACAAAAUAAUGAGAUUAUGUCAUGCUGUUAUAAAGCAGUGCCCGUUAGAUUCGAAUAAGCAACCAGUGGAUAAGAAUAACAAUUUAUAUUAUGAUGUAUUGACUAUUCUCGAUGUAGCAUUAUUACCUUCAUUAUCUUUUAUGGAUUGUAAUUGUUGUGUCGCGGAGGAAUUGUGGAACAUUUUAAAAUACUACCCAUAUCAGAAUCGGUAUUGUUUGUACGCACGAUGGAAGAACGAUACCCCAUUGCAACACGCCGCUCUUUUGCGAAAGAGGGCAGACGCGCAGAAGAAAAUCAAAUCGAUCAUGAAAAGAGUGAGCAAAGAAACGAUUAAACCUGUAGGAAGAUCAAUAGGAAAAUUGACCCAUUCCUCGCCUGGUGUAUUGUUUGAUUAUGUUUUAAUACAAAUUCAGUUGUAUGAUAACCUUAUAGGACCUGUUGUAGAUUCUUUAAAAUAUCUAACAAACAUUUCAUACGACGUACUUGGUUACUGUCUCGUGGAAGCUUUAGCCGGUGCUGAUAGAGAUAGAUUUAAACACGACGGCACCAGUAUAUCUCUGUGGUUACAGUCUCUUGCUUCAUUUUGUGGAGCUAUAUUUAAGAAAUAUAAUAUCGAACUUACUGGUUUGUUGCAGUAUGUAGCUAAUCAACUUAAAGCACAAAAAAGCUUAGAUUUAUUAAUACUGAAAGAAAUAGUACAAAAAAUGGCAGGUAUCGAAGCUGCUGAAGAAAUGACCUCAGAUCAAUUGAACGCCAUGGCAGGGGGAGACUUAUUGAAAAAUGAGGCUGGUUACUUUAGUCAAGUUCGUAAUACAAAAAAAUCCUCCCAACGAUUGAAAGAAGCCCUCGCUGAGCAUGAUUUAGCCGUGGCUCUGUGUCUUUUAAUGGCACAACAAAAGCAUUGUGUUGUGUAUAGAGAAACAGAUAAGUCGCAUCUUAAACUUGUUGGAAAACUGUACGAUCAAUGCCAAGAUACAUUAGUACAGUUUGGAACAUUUUUGGGAUCUACAAUGACCGUAGACGAAUACGUGGACAGACUUCCUUCUAUACAUUCGAUGCUCCAAGACAAUCACAUACAUUCUGAUGUUGCAUUUUUCCUUGCAAGACCAAUGUUUGCGCAUGCUAUUAAUAUUAAAUACGAUGCCCUACGUAAAGCUGAUCCAAAUUACAAAAAAAUGUCUACUGCUAUGAAACAGGCAAAAUAUGCAGAAGCAGCACAAGCCGUAAUGGCACCAGUUGCUCAGUCCGUCAGACCAUUGCAUCCUUUAAAAGUAUGGGAAGAUAUCUCUCCGCAGUUCCUUGUAACAUUUUGGUCACUGUCAAUGUACGAUCUGUAUGUUCCCGUUGAAAGUUAUCAGAGGGAAAUAAAUAAAUUGAAACAAUUCGCUGCGCAAAGUGCUGAUUCCAAAGAUAUGACUGUUAGUAAGGGAAAGAAGGAGCAAGAAAGAUACACAACCUUGAUUGAGAAACUACAGGAUGAAAGGAGGAAGCAAGAGGAACACGUUGAAAAAGUGUUUGCAUAUUUAAGGCAAGAAAAAGAUACAUGGUUUUUAUCUCGGAGUGCAAAAUCUGCAAAGAAUGAAACAAUAACACAAUUCCUACAAUUGUGCCUGUUUCCCCGGUGUACAUUUACCACCGUGGAUGCCAUGUACUGCGCCAAAUUUGUUCACACAAUACAUUCUUUAAAAACUGCAAACUUCUCAACCCUUCUUUGCUAUGACAGACUGUUCUGUGAUAUAACAUAUUCAGUUACCUCGUGUACCGAGAACGAGGCGAAUCGUUACGGUAGAUUUCUGUGCGCCAUGCUGGAAACAGUAAUGAGGUGGCACUCUGAAAAAGCCAUAUUCGAUAAGGAAUGUAGUAAUUAUCCGGGAUUCGUAACGAAGUUUCGCGUUAGUAAUCAAUUUUCCGAGGCGAACGACAUGGUAGGAUUUGAAAAUUACAGACACGUGUGCCAUAAGUGGCAUUAUAAAAUCACAAAGGCCAUUGUGGUUUGUUUGGAUUCCAAGGAUUAUGUACAAAUAAGAAAUUCUUUAAUAAUAUUAAUCAAAAUAUUGCCACAUUUCCCUGUGCUGGCAAAGUUAUCUCAAAUUCUUGAAAGAAAAGUAGAAAAGGUUAGAGAAGAGGAACGUGGCCAACGUCAGGAUUUGCAUGUUCUUGCUACGUCGUACAGCGGUCAGCUAAAAGCUAAAACUCCAAACAUGAUUCGCGAAGCAGAUUUUCAUCAUGUGGGAGACAAGACUGGAAAAACACAAGAUGCCCAAAAUAACGAAGCGUCAGAGAAAGUUGGUGAUGGUAUAUCGAAUAAAGAAAUCACUAAUGGUGAUACAAGAAUAGAAAAAGAAAAUAAAGAUCAACGAGAAAAACGAACUGCAUCUAAUCAAUUGCAUCAUGAAAGUUCGGAAAAAAUUAGGAAAAAAGAAGAAAAUAAAGAAAGUUCAGAGAGUAAGGAUAAGCAUAUAAAAAAGGAGGAGAUUAAGGAAGAUGAUUCAAUGGAUAAAAAAGAUAGAAAAUAUUACAAAGAAGAACAUUAUUAUGCAACUGGAGUAGAUAAUUUAGACCGAGAUCUUUCUAGUGUAUCAAAUAGUAGUGCUAGCUCUGGGCCAACACAAGAUGGAUCAGACAGAGAUGCCAAAAGAAGAAAAGUUGAAAGUGUACAAAAGGAAGGAAGACGGGCAGAUGGUAAUCUCGAUAAAAAGGAACGUUCAAGUAAAAGCAAAAUAAGGGACGAACAAAAGGAACUCCGUAGAGAAAAGAAAUUAGGACGAAAAAGGGACAGAGCAGAUGAAUCCGCAGUUGCAACUGAACAAAAGAGAAGAAAAGAUGAUGAAAGAGCAAAGGGAACACAUCAAAAUGGUGAUAUCCCUGAACACAGAGAAAAACAUCAUUAUAACAAGGAAAAGUCACCCUACACAAAGGAACGUACUCAUGAACGGGAUGGUCGUGAAAGCCGAGAUAAACAUAGAAGGAGUUCGGAUCCCAAACGAAGAUGAUGUACAACAAUGGACAAAAUUUGACUUAACAUUUUAUAUACUACGUUUGGUGUUGCAUGUAAUUAAGGUAGAAUUCGAAUAAUAAUAAUAAAGAAAAAAAAAUUAGCGAUUAAUUUGUAUAUUAUAUUAACGUCCAAUUUUAUAAAAUAAAGUAGGUAACGAAAGAUUUUUGGUACACGUUCAGUUCAAUCAUAGAUUUGUACAUAUAAUACAAAUUUUAUAUUAUUUAUAAUAGAAAUUAGUAAUUGCAAUAAAAACUUUUAUGCAGUA